AUGGAAGAGCAUAAUCGAGACUCAACACUCUGUAAAGUAUGUGGAGACAAAGCAUCGGGAAAACACUAUGGUGUUUCAAGUUGUGAUGGUUGUCGAGGCUUUUUUAAACGGUCAAUCCGUAGGUAUGCCAGAAAUUUAGAUUAUGUUUGCAAAGAAAAUGGUCAAUGCAUAGUUGAUGUAUCAAGAAGAAAUCAAUGUCAAGCUUGUAGAUUUGCUAAGUGUCUGGAAGUAAACAUGAAACGAGAUGCGGUACAACAUGAAAGAGCACCGAGAAGUACGUCGUCGUUGGUUUCCGCUGCGAGAAGAGUACCCUCGGUGAUCUAUCCAGGAAUCUCUCACGUCUAUCACACUGCAAGCAACCCCUACCACCCUCUUUUAUAUCCAACACUCUUUCCGUUCAAACCUAGUGUACCAACUUUUAGUCCCAAUGUCGCGCACUUUUUACCACGACCUAUUGCAGAACCUUUGCCUGUAGUUGCUGCUAAAGAGGAUGAAGUUACGAGUUCAGAAGAAGCGAGAAAUGCCGUCCAAAGAUGUGAACAAAAAGAGCAAACGAAUGUACCUUUAGUACCAGCUUCGAUAUCGAAUCCAUCAUUAACAGACUACGGACUUUCUAAUCAAUCAUUUUUAUUGACAGAAAACGUUUAUGAAUCUGCAGCGAGAUUACUCUUUUUAGCAGUAAAAUGGGCUAGAAGUAUUCCAUCUUUUUUAGAAUUAUCUUAUCGAGAUCAAGCAAUUUUAUUAGAAGAGUCUUGGAGUGAAUUAUUUGUUCUUACAGCUGCUCAGUGGAAUUUUUCAGUCGACGAAUCAAUAUUAGUACCAUUGAUUCUCCCAACAGAAAGGAAACAAAUUCUUGCCGAUGAAUUGAGAAGACUUCGAGAAUUAUUAACACGUUUUACAAUUUUGCGUGUUGAUCAUUCUGAGUAUGCUUGUUUAAAAGCAAUAGCUCUUUUUAAAGGAGAAUCACGAGGACUUGGUGACUCUGCUAGGGUAUUAAGUCUUCAAGAACAGACGGUAACAGUUUUAGGAGAAAGGGGUGCCGGUAGAGUUGGCCGCUUACUGUUGUUAUUAUCCCCUGUACGUGCAUUAUGUCGGGGAACGCUAGAAGAACUUUUAUUCAAACCAACAGUCGGUGAAGUCAGUGUCGAAAGAUUACUCAGUGAUAUGGUACGAGCUACACGACCAACUUAA